CCAUUACUUCCCGUUACCCCACAGUCCUGCUUGGUGCCAUGGCUCCUGGUGGCUGCCUGCUGCUGGCCCUGCUGCUGCUGGCAGGCACUGUGCAGGGCCAGCACUGGUCCCACGGAUGGUACCCAGGGGGCAAGAGGGACAUCAGCGCCCCACAGGCCGUCCCUGCUUGGAGCCCGUGGUUGGUGCCAUGUCGGGGCCGCAAAUCGCGGCACGAUCCUCCCGCCAAAUCUAAAGCGUCGCGGCUGAAAGUGCCGCCUCCCGUCGACCCCGCCGAGCUCUGUGUGGUCACCGAGCGAUACCGGCAGCACCGCCUGGUGCUCGGCGCCCUCCGCUCCAUCUUCAGGUCCGAGGUGGUGCAGAGAAAGCAUGAGGCGCAGAAGGAUGCUGAGGACUCAGCAGCAGUGUUAGAGGAGCACCGUCUGCUGAUGGCCUGGAAUGAUGCUGAGAAUGCACGACAGCGGGCACGCAGAGAAGAAAGAAUUAGGAAAGAAAAAGAAGAACAGAAGAUGCAGAAACUGCAGGCAAUGGAGAACAAAGCCAAAGUGAUGGAGGCCUUUCUGAAGGAGAAAGAGAAAGAGGUCCUUCAGCUGCAGGAGGAAGCAAAAACCUUCAUCACUCCUGAGAACCUGGAGGCUCGGAUUGAGGAGUGCCUGGACAACCCUCGCAACUACAACUUCGCCAUUGACAAAGAGGGACGCAUUGUCAAGCGCACUGCACUGUCCUAGCAGCUCUGUCUCAUGGCUGAAAGAGAUGUGCUGGCCCUCUCUAGAGGCUGCGGUUCUUCCUUUUAAUGCACAAAUCAACCAUAGAAUUGAUGGACAAACGGUCUGCUUCCUGCCCUGUUCUUGCAGAGGUAGGGGGAAAAGAGGGAAAUAUCAUUAUUUUGAGGUGCAGAGCAGCACUCUGCCUCAGUGCUGCAGUGGUGCAGACAGGAGGAGGAGGAGCUGCUGGUGUUCUGUUCCCGUUGCUCUAAGUGGUACUCUGCAGUUCCAUCUCCCUCUGUUUGGGUCCCUGCUGCCCUCAUCUUGGAGGUGAGGUGGAGCAAGGCAAACUCCAAGGCAAAUCCUCAGUGGUUUUGCACUAGAGAGAUCUCAUCCCUUUGUCUCCUUUGCUCAGCUGAAGCACCUCAAUCUCUGGUCACUCUCCCUUUAUCUUUGGCCUUCUGAUUUGUUUUGCUGCACUCAAUUGGUCUUAAAUAUGUGCAAGAAAAAGGUACUCCUGUCACAGGUAAGGUUGUACCCGGGCCUUGCACAGUAGCACGUUGCAGGGAGAUUGUAUCUGACUGGUUUUGCACCCUUACCUCUGGAAUCCUGUGACUACAUCUGCUUCUGGCACAAGCCCAUCAUGGCCUCGUGUGCCAGCGGCCCCAGCACUGUUUGCAUUUCUGCCCCUCUGGAUGCUUUUGAUGGAAAACAAGGUCUGGAUUGUUUUGAGGAAAACACAGACACUGUGUUUUUUGUUGUUAGGUGAAAUAAAUCAUUGUUUCUGUGUUUUCUGCUA